UGCGAGAGCAAGCCUGGGGGCAGAGAUGAGAAUCCUUCCGCUGCUGCCUGUGAUUGCUUGUCUUCUCGUAAAAGCCCGGGGCAAGAUCUUCAGUCGCUGUGAGCUGGUCUUGCUGCUGGAACAUUCGGGACUGGAAGGGUUCCAGGGGUACAGCUUGGCUGACUGGGUCUGCCUGGCAUACUUCGCGAGUGGCUUCGAUACAGACAAAGUGACGCACAAUUCGGAUGGCAGUUCCGAAUACGGCAUCUUCCAGAUCAACAGUCGUUCCUGGUGUUCCGACCACCACAGUACCACAAAGGACCUGUGUGAUGUAUCAUGCCGUGAUUUGCUCACUGAUGACAUCAGUGAUGACAUCGAUUGUAUCAAGAAAGCGGUGGUGGAUUCAGAAGGCUUGGAUGCCUGGAUGGGCUGGAGAGAUCACUGCCGGGGCCGAGAUCUGAAUUACUGGAUCAAUGCCUGCAAUGCGUAAGCCCUCAGAAUCAGCGAUGGGAUUUCUUUUCCGGUUCCCAGCCCCAAGCGUGGCACUGACUGCUGCUUCUAGACGUGACCCGACAGUCAAACAAACCCAAUGGA